UUCUGCUUUUGUUCCUCCUGCUGCUGGAUCAUGGUAGCCUUUGUCGGUCUUCUCUGGAUCUUAUUCCAUGGCACACGAGGAAGUCCGGUUCUCCGGUGGGACCCGGUGGAGCCUGUGAGGCCGACAGAGGACGGAGCUUCCGGCUCAGAUUUUUACCGCCUCCCGGUCUUUCUGCACGCACCACGACCUCUGGUACCUCCGGACCUGUUCCGACCCGCUCCUGUUAAAGAGCCUCUUCCUGCAGGUCUGAACGCUCUCCUGGUGCCGCCAACGAGACCAGACCAUAACGUCCCGGGCAGGGGCGCACGCGCCGUGGAAGCCUGGUGCGGGACGGAGACUGUUUCUGUGCGCGUGGACCGGAUUCUACUUCGUUCUUGGACCGCUCCGGACAGGUUCAGACUGGGUUCAUGUGAAGCCAACUCCGUCUCCUCGCGGUACCUGUUUUUCUACUAUGGGCUGAAGGAGUGUGGAGGAACCCUUCAGGUUGUUGGUGGUGAGCUGGUGUAUACGUAUGUACUGAGCUACACUCCGCCCCCACAAGGUUAUGUUAUCAGAGUUUUCCCGGUUAAACUUCCUAUCCACUGCCGUUAUAACAGGUUUCAUUACUCUUAUAAGAUUGGCUUCAGACCACAAGUUCAACAUAAAACAUUUCUGAAGGGUAUCAAGAGUAAACUAACUUUCAGCCUCUCCAUCUGUAAUGCGGACUGGAAGCCCAUCCCCUCAGGCCAUACGUUCCUUUUAGGAGAACCGUUGUAUUUCGUGGCUCAGGUGAGAACCCUGAUGGCUGGGGAGAGGCUGUAUGUGGACUCAUGCUAUGCAACAAGCUCAGAGGAUCCAGGCAGCUUACCCAAAGUUGAUAUUAUCAGCAACUAUGGCUGCAUGACGGACAGCUGGAGGGAAGGCAGCAGCUCUCGCUUCUUGUCAGGAAAGAGCAGUGUGGUAAAGUUUUCUGUGGAUACCUUCUUGUUCAGGGAAGUUUCACAAGUGCAGUAUCUUCAUUGUUCCCUAUCAGUGGGUCUCAGCUCCUCUUCCAUCAGUAAAUCCUGCAGCUACAACAAGACUGCUGGCAGGUGGGAAGAGCUGAUAUCAUCAUCAUCUGUGUGUUCCUGCUGUGGUUCUGUGUGUGCUGGCGAGGAGACCUCUUUCCAGAACAGAGUCAGAAGUUCUGGCUGGUUUGUUGAUCCAAAAGAGGGCAAGAAAACACCUGAGAUGCGACCAAGAUUUUUCCAAGCAAAAGAGGGUGAAGAACCACUGGGUCAAGACGAGAGUUGGAAGGAUGACGUGAAUGUCACUCAUGAAGGUGUCCAGACUUUUACCGAGGAGACCAGAAAUGGCUAUAAGGAACGUAAAGGAGAAUUGAGGUCUACAACAGUCCGUCAUCAGGAGACGACUGGAAAAGAACCAGAGGGAGGUGAGACAGAGGUGGUAGUCAUGAAGAAGGAAACGUUCAACGUCAUGUCCGAUGAAAGCGGGUCACAUGGCAAUGAAAUGAGCCGGUUCAGGGAUAUGGGACCAGAUUUUAGGGAUAAACGUAUUCAUGUCUUAUCUAACGAUGAUGGCAGAACCAACAGUACUGUAAUGACCCAGGGUGAUGUUUCCAUAGAUGACACUCCAGUUUGUCCAGGUGGACUCAGCUGUAGAGCGGGAAGCACUGCCUCUAAUGGACCUGGUACCAGCUAUGGUUCUACUGGUGCAGAGCACUUCAGCACCUAUAAUAUUAGUAGUUCUGACUCUUCUGUGUUCCUUCACCCUGUGUCAGAAAAUGGACAGCCUGAGGUGGAGGCGAGCCCAAGCCCAAAACGGAUCGUGUGUGAGCAAGCGGCUGAAGGUGAGGACCUACGGAUCAGAGGGUUGGAAUCUGGGUUCAGAGACAAGAUCUGUAAAGAUGUUAGUGAGUCAGAUUUUGAUUCUGGAGCUAUAGGGGAAGUUCUUCAUCAAAGCUUGCUUAAUGGAGAAGUGGAACUAUCUGCCACCGCUUCAAGACUGCAUACAGCUGGUUCUCUUUCAUUUGAAUCGGAACCAGUGCAAGGAGCCAACUCCAGUCACUCUGCUACAGUCACCACUUCUCUUCAUGUCCGUGACCCUCUAACAGCCAGUCAAUGGGCAGAACUGGUACCAGAGUGGGUUCUGGAGGAUCUGGCUUUUUUGGUCAAGAAGCCAGCUGAAGCUGCUUCUUGAAGAUUGAAUGUGUUCUUCAUCUCUGAGGUGUUUCAGGGUUAACGCUGGUUUUAUUGUCUGGAUAUGGAAGCUUUGAUCUGGAGAUCAGAGAGAAAUCUGUUUUCUUUUCUUGAUCGACAUCAAACUUACCCAGUCUUUAAUUCUAACUUCACAAAUUCCCUCACUGUUAACUAUCUGUCAGAAAUGUAGAGGUCACCAAGCUGGUGUUAAAAGUGAAAACCUAAAUGUUUUUAGACUUGGAGCGACACGUGAAUCAUACAAACUGUGUUGGACUGUUUAAUAAACCUCAACUACAUCCCUGAAAAGUUUGUUUUCACUUUGGUUUGAGUGUUUUGAUUUAAUAAAUUGUUUCCUUUAUAA